AUGGGCUGCGAGUUUCAACCCGCGAAGACAACGAGGCAUUUUCACCCCAGAGAUGGGGUCAUGUACAAGCUGUACUACGCUGAUUUAGAAAAGAAACGUUGUCCCGACAUCCAAUCUUUUAGCUCAUCAUAUCCAGCAAACCAUUCAAUCCAAGAACCUGUAGAUCCAAAUGCUUGUACAGUGUGGAGGCGCUUUGCAAAUUUAUUUGAGACUACACAAACGCUUUUUUGGGCAGUUUUUGGAUUGGUAGAUUUGGACAGUUUCGAGUUAGAUGGUAUCAAAAUCUUCACACGAUUUUGGGGAAUGCUCAUGUUCGGAACUUAUUCAGUUAUUAAUAUUGUGGUGUUACUUAAUUUACUGAUCGCGAUGAUGAAUCACUCCUAUCAACUCAUAUCGGCUAUACACAGUAAUACACACUUAGUUCUGAUGCAAAACUAA